AUGAAGUCAGAACUUCUGCUGGUGUUGGUCUUGUCUCUCUGUGUGAGCAGUAAACCCCUGUCCAAAAGGAGGACAUAUAAUAAGUUGCUGCUGAUCUCCUUUGAUGGUUUCAGGUGGGAUUAUGACCAAGAUGUCAACACACCAAAUCUGGACGAACUAGUUAAAGAAGGAGUCAAGGCAAAAUACAUAAAUCCCCCAGCGAUCACCAUGACAUCUCCAUCACACUUUACAACUAUUACUGGGAGAUGGAUAGAGGAUCACGGUGUUGUCCAUAACCUGAUGUUUAAUGAUAAAACUGGCCUGAGAGUUCCACACAAGGCAACACUGAAAAGAUCAGAAUGGUGGGAUAAUGGCGCUUUGCCCCUGUGGAUAACAGCCCAGAAUCAGGGUCUGAAAACAGCAUCUUUUCUCUACCCUGGUGGAGGAGUGAAUUACAGCGGCCAAGCUGUGGAUCGUUUCCUGGUGGAAGAUCAUGGGCAACCUGAUGAUGAGACAGAGUGGCGGCAGAACAUUGACACGGUGAUGGGAUGGUUCACCAAAGAGGACUUUGACUUUGUUACGCUUUACUAUGGAGAACCAGACAACGUGGGUCACACUUUCGGCCCCGAAACCCCAGAGAGAAUAAAGAUCAUUGAACAGAUCGACCGCACUAUUGGCUACCUCAGGGAGGCAAUUCACAAAAAUGGUUUGACUGAUCAUCUUAACGUCAUCCUGAGCUCAGACCAUGGCAUGACCACUGUUAAAAUGGCCAGUGAGGUUAAUGAGAUAAAAUUGAGCAAUUACAUGAGUUUAUUCAAUCUAGCCCGCUUUGACCUGCUUGACUACGGUGGGUUUGGGAUGAUUACACCUAGGGAGGGCAAAGGACAGGAAGUUUAUGAUUCCCUGAAGAACGCACAUCCCAAUCUGACAGUCUAUAAGCAAGAAGAGAUACCAGAGCACUUUCACAUACGCAAACAUGAGAGAAUUCAACCCAUCGUCCUUCUGGCUGACCUGGGCUUCAAUAUCAACUCUAGGGUCAUUUUGCAUAUCAACAAAGGAGAUCAUGGAUUCAGUAAUGAGGAAAUGGAUAUGAAAAUGAUCUUUCGAGCCUUUGGGCCAGACUUUCGGGACAAUUUCUUGGCUGAGCCAUUUGACAGUGUCAGCAUCUAUCCGUUGAUGUGUAAGCUGUUGGGUGUAGUUCCAGAAGCAAACAAUGGCAGUCUCAGUGACACCAAAGACAUGCUAGUGGAUAACUUUGAUGCUGGUGGGAGCAGUGGAAGAAUCAAGGUGUCUUUGAGCCUUCUGCUACUAAUGAUAAUUAUCUUAACCUUAAUUUGAAGAGAUUUGCCAAAACUAACUAGCGAUCAGCAAGCCCAAAAUACAUUUAAACUAAGAACACUAUAAUCACAAAUGUCUAUUAAAUAAAGACUUCUUCCAGUGCUGAAUGUGAUGGUGAUAACUGAACUUUUUCCUUUCAUAUUUAUUAUAUAAAGUAAAAUUAUACAAGUUUAUACUGGAAGUUUGUUUUUAUUGUGCACACAUUUAUGAAAUAUAGCAAAUAUCAAGCAUGGUCACAACAGUCAACAAAUGUAUUUGUGAUUUGCUAAACUUCAGAUUUUAUUUACAUGUGAGUUUUUAUAAAAAUCCCUUAAUCCCACAUAUUCCACUUCCCUUUAAGUGCAUUCAAAACAUAAAUACACAUUCUUUUAAGUUUAGAGUACUGAAAAACACACACAACAGCAUCAAUAUUGCACACAGUAUAAUACACAGAGGUCAACAUAUAUAUUUUGAAGCAUUAUAUAAAUUUCAUGCACAAGAAAUAUUUAAUUGAAGGGGAAAUUUUAGUUUGUGUUCUUGAUUACAUAUUACUGUAUGUAUAUUACAUAAACAUGUUAAAAAAAAUACAGUCUCGCUGAAUGCAAACAAGAUUUGUUCAGGUAUUUUGAUCAAAAUCAGCUCUGCAAACCUUUUUACAUGUUAUCAUAUUUACUGUAUCAUUGUUUCGUAAGCAUCACAUUCAUGAUGCUAAACUGACAUACAUCUGCACUUUU